AUUGACAACAAUGGCAGAUUGUCAAAUUUCAAUGUUUUCUUUUAUUAAUCGGGGGAAGAGAAAGGUAGAUGCCGAUGGUGAAAAGGAAAAUUCUAGGCCAAAUAAAUCAACUAAAACGGAUAGUUGUAUUGAAAUUGUUGUAAUUGAAAAAAAGCAUCAAAACAACGGAAAAGGCACGCAAGCAAAGAUAAAUAUGAGCAGGACUUUUAAUGACUAAUCGUUACAGAGGAAGGAUAUUUCUGUUUGUGUGCUAAAAAAAAACAGCAGUAAAGCGAGGAACAGGACAGAAACUUGGAUCGAUAGGCCAUGCAUUCGAAGGAGGAGGGAGUCCUGCAAAAGCCAUCUGCUAUCCGAGAUGCACAAAACUAAUUUUGUCAUAUGAAAGGCUAGCAGUGAUAGCAGAAGAACAAGGACAAGAUACUUUCAGACCACUUUAGCAAGUGUCUUCCUGACAGCAAAGACCUGACUACAGAAUGAUUACAGUCUAAAUCUGUAAUUGCUAGAGACAUGAAAGCAACAAAAUCUCAAGUAGAAAUCAUGACUACCAUGGCCAUAAAGUUUAAAGAUGCAUUUCCAAAUAUUAGCUUACUGGCUUCUGUUGGUGCUGUUAUACCUGUAUCUAGUGCUGGAUGUGAGAGAGGAUUUAGUACCAUGGCUAGAAUUAAAACAUUACUCAGGAACAGACAAAGCAACAAUGUUUUACAAGUAUUAAUUAUGGUGUCCAUGCAUGGGCCUAAGGAAGUGUAAUUUGAAGCACUUAAAAUCUGGAGAAAUUUAAGAAAGAGACAUAUUUUGAUAAAUAAUAUCAAAAUGUGUAGACAAAGAAACAAAGAACUUAAGUAUAUUGUUGUUAAAUCAAUGCUGAUGCAUAAAAUAGUGAAUGAAAGAAGAGUAAAAAAGGGAUAAAUUAUUGAAAAAAAUCAAAUCAAACUCAAAGAAGAAUAUUUGACAGUUUAUGUGACUGAAUCUAUUUAUUUUUGUUCAAUUCCAUUAAAUGUGAAUACAAUACUAAUCCUUCUUUUUGUGACCCCCACCCACAGUAAAAAAACGGUUGGAAACGUUUAAAAAAACAAAACAUCCGGUUGCAAGUGGUUUUUUUCAAAACGCCCACCUUACCUAAGUGAACAAAGAAAUUUUAGAACCUACACAAUUCAAGUUCAGAUGAUCAUUUAAUAGUCAUGGAGGUUCACUAUUACUUGAAGUAGUUGUGAACGUCCGUAAAUAUCAUAGGAUAUCCUGCAAUUUAAUUGUUGAAGUCCUGGAAUAUUGAAAUAUAUAUAUAUAUAAUUAUGAACCUCCAUCAAUAUUACGGAUAUCCAGAAAAAUAUAAGGACCUCUGUAAAUACAAUAAUGUGUACUAGAGUCGCAUCCUAUACUUUAAAACACCAACUUUUCGUCGAAAACAUUAGUAUGCACACAUAUGCAUGACCUUUAAAAGUAGUGUAUUCAACCUGUUUAUAAUACAUUUCAUAUAAACGCCAGGACAGGUAGAAAAUUCAAAAGCGGACGUAGAUAAAAAGGUAUGGCGUUAUCAUGUCUAUGUGUUAUUUUUAAAGUUUAUUGUAACUGAUGUAUUCAUACAUCCAUAUAUCAAACAAAUAAUUCUAUGGUUUGCAAUCGUUUAAAAGUAGACUCAGUAUAUUGCUUUACAGAUAAAAUCAACAUUAACUUGCUGUUUAUAAUCAAAUUUGAAGUAUGUCCUUUUCUUAUUGUCUUACACUAGGUGCAAAUAGGUGAGGCGACAUCCUCUUCUGUAUGUAAUCUUUAAUCUGAAAUGAUGGUUUUAGAAAUUAUUGACAUUUUAACCAGAAAAACAAUGUUCUCAUUUGUUGAUUGCACACUACAAUACCAAUUAUCAGUUUUACCUGACUUCUUUAAAUGAAAAAUGUCGUUAUUAUUUACAUUCUUCGUGUCCACAACAACAUAAUAUGUUGUGUCGUCCCUAUAAAUCUACAAGAAGGUUCAUUGUGCAACAUGAAUUGUUUCCAUGCGCAUUUUAGGUUACAAACUUUAGUUCUUUUAGAAGCUAUUUUAUUCAGCAUGCGUGUAAUUUCUUUUUUAUUGACACACGGUGGAAACCAAAGCAUUAAUAAUAUUUUUAGAAUAUUUGGUUUAAUCGGAAAUAAGGUAUGGAAUACAUAUAUGAAAAGAACGAUAUAUUUGAUAUGCAUCAAUUACACAGAAUUCCAACAACACAAGAAACAAAAAGAUAUCUAGAUGAUAUCCUCAAAUUCAAAAAGAGUCAUGUUAUCAGAGACUAAGACCUGAGCCUCAUAUUCUAGAUCAUUUAAUACCAUUUACAAGUGAACAAGACGCAACAUUCAACAUGACCAUAGCCACAACCUGCUAUCCUUAAUUUUCUAUUCAGUCAAAAAAUGAAAAAAAGGGGAAGCGAUUUUUCCCCUGCAAGCCCAACAGUAAAUGCCUCUUAAGGGUGUAUUCUUCUGACGUUACAGUUUCGUUGAAAUCUCGUUCUGGAAUAAUUUCCAAAACAUGUGAUACAAGCGGAAACUAUCAAUGAAUCCAAAAAUUGUUAUAAUCAAACUUAACUCAAUGAAAAAAAAUGUGUAUUUACAAUGAGUAGUUUUUGAGUAAUCAAUUUUUCAAAUUUUAUUACCAAUCAAAUCAGUCUUUCUAGCCAAAAUUUUGAGAAAAUGGGUGAGGGGAACAAGAAAUGAUUUUACCCGAAACAUGUACAUCCAAUAUCACUUUCUUUCUUUUCAAAUUUCUUUGAUAUGUAUUUCUUCAAUCAUUUAUAACAAAGAAGUUGAAAUAAUAUGCAUUUUGUUCUUAAAACAGAGAAAAAUCACAAAUUGACAAAACUGACUUUUUUUACCAAUUUUUUUUACAGUCAUAUAAACCCAAAAAUCAGGUUUAGAAAAAAAGUUUAAUUCUAGAAAUUUUUGGCUCCUCAGAGGUGUACAUCCUUAAAACAUCCCUUUCUUUGUAUGAAGAUGCUGUAAUUUUUUCAAGCGCAGUAUUUUCUUACACCCUCGAAUUUUGUGUAAGUCAUUUAAAUGUUAGACUCUGAAAUAACGUCUGGCAUAUUGCAGAUGAAACUUAAUGAACAAAGAUUCAUAUUUCAUUCAGAGGUAAUGAUUAUAGUAACUCUUAAAUCAUUUGCCUUUCUCUGAAAUCAUUUUAAUUCUAAUUCUUAUUACACUUCUCACAUAAGAAAACCUCAUCAAGGAUAUAAAGCUUAAUGAUUUGGUAAGCCAGCAUAAAAGUUAAAUUUAAGUUACUGUCAGUAACUGUCUCUUAAAAUUGAGACUAUUUAAGUAAGCCAGAAUCUUUUGAAAUACUUGCGACACGUCACACAAUAAAACCAAAUGAUUUAUAUGUCGUUGGUUGUUGUCUGUCUAUGUGUAUUUUCGUAAGUAUGUAUUGCUUGGAGGGGUCGGAUAUAUGUGGGGAAUUGUGUGUUGUACCGAACCAAAAUUUUGGGUGAUUUCUGAUAUGCAUUAUAUGUAUUACACAGUUAAUAAUCCGGAAACAACAACACCAAAGGAAAACAUAAACAUGUCGACUGAAAAAAAUGUGAAGAAAAAAGAAGAUGCUGGCAAAAAAUACAUAAAUGUUCAUGCAUCUAAAAUAUUACAUAAUUAUAAUUUCAACUUGUAUAGAAACUGCUUUUAUAACUAUGUCGUCAAUUUUUUUUUUAUGAUUAUGAAGGAAAAAUAUCUAGUUCAUGAAUAGAAAGAAACAGAACGAUAUGUUAAUUAAUUACUAUUUCAAACAGUUAAUUCAUUGGAAAUCUUAAGAAAACGAAACAUGAAAAGUAAUCAACAAUCUUGCAAGGUAAUUUCAUGAACUUCUGUCAAAAUCACCUGAAAUUGCAAAUCAAAUUCUUUAAAUUUUUGAAUUAACAAAAAAAGUGUCUAUCCACGAAUUAAAAGGGAACAUGGUAGACACAUAUCACAACAAAGCACUAUAAUGCAUUAUUUGUUUGAAAUCAAAGCGUGAAUAAUUGCUUUCUCAACCCAUUAUUUAUUUUAAGAAUAUUUGUAUCUCUUCUUGCAGCAUGUCUUCAGGAUUUUUGCAGACAGUUCUCUUGAUGACUGUAUUGCUGGAGUUACAUUCAUAUAAGUUAUAUUGCCCAAGUGAUAUACAACGUAAUAUAAGAGAAAAUACUUACUGCAAUGGAAGUGAUAGUUAUCUUUGUUUGUUCGAUGACAAUACAAAGCAAAAUAGAGAGUUCUGUAGAAAUAAGCCCGAGUUUGAAAUACCUGGAUACAAGUUUAUAAUUGUCGGUACUUUACAAGGAGUUCAAUGUGGCAGCAAUUGGUACCAACCGUUUAGAUUUUGGACCAAUGCUAGUUCCGAAUGUGUGUUCAAAACGUCGAAAUGCAAUGGUAUUGGACAACUUAUAUAUGAAAAGGGUACCAGUAUUGAAGACACUGCAUGCAGGUGUGAUUAUACCAACGGCUAUGAUUUCGUCAAUAAACCAAGAAAUCCAUGUAUUUGUUCGCCACAGAAAGAGGAUUGUACAUGUUACUUAAAGAACUGUUCUGUUGGAGAGAUUCUUACUCCAGAUUAUGAUUGUGUUGCGCCUACAACCCAAUGGAACUCAUCGUUUAAAUGCCGAUUGAAAGACAACGUAGAACUAAUUGAAGAUCAAAUUCAAACAGUUACCAUUGAUGAGUCUGGUGCUACUACUACAGGUCGAAUCUACGUUUUAUUUGUCAUUGUAUUUGGUGUGGCGUUUAUAGGUAUGCUGAUCUUUGUGUUGGUUGUCUAUUGCCCUCUAUAUCAGCGCACUGCUGAAGAAGAUUCAUGGUUCAACACCGAAAUUAUUAACAAUAUACUUAAUAAGGAAAAACUCAAUUGGAAAGAGAAAACGGAAAAGUUUGUCAAUACAAAAGCUACAAAAGUAAUUUUGGAGAGAAUCCAGAACAACAAUUGUAUAUUGAUAAGUGGGCCUCCAGGCGUUGGUAAAACGGCAAAUGCAUAUUGUGUGGCCUUUAUUUUAGAGAAAACUCAUAAAUAUAUGGUAAUGGCAGUAGCUGCUAGUGAUCUACAUAAGUAUGUCUUGUCAAGUAUAAAUCAAGUUUUUAUAAUUGAUGACGUUUUUGGAAGGUAUUGCUGUGACACAGAUUUCAGCCUUAUUUGUUCUUCUGUAAGAGCAGUUUUAGAUUACCAUGCUAACACAAAAAUAAUAAUGACAUGUAGAUCACAGAUAUAUCAUUUGGUGCAGAAUCAACUAGCUUUGGAGAAUAUAUCGUUUGAACAUUGUGAUUUUCUCUUAGAUCAACUUCAGUUAUCAGUUGAUGAAAGAAAGGAGAUAGGCGAAUCUUACAUUGAUAGUGGAAUCAUAAGUGAACUUAAAGAUAAUGUGUUCAUGUUAUACAGCUUUUUCCCAUCUCUUUGCAUAAUUUUUGCAGCUAGUAAAGAAAAUGAAAACUUUUUCACGUAUCCUUUCAGCUAUAUAGGUUACGAAGUCAACAGCAUUAAACUGAAAUCAAAUGAGACCUACUUAGUAUUAGCUCUGCUCGUGGUUUUAGAUAAUUUUGUCGAAGAAAAUGUACUAGACAAUCAUAACGUUAAGACUGGCGUCAUGCUUAGAGAUAUAUUUACCGAGUCAGGAAUUUUGCAAACUCCUUCCAAAGGCUUAAUGUUAUCUACUCUGAGAUCAUUAGAUGGUACAUUCGUUAAAAAGUGUGAUCAAGGAUUUACAUUUAUGCAUAAAUACAUGUUUAAUAUGAUGGUUGGUUGUAUUGGUCACCAUUUUAUAAGAAGUAUACUAAAAUAUGGAUCUAUUGAAUUUGUGCAGAAAAGAAUCCAAUUAGCUUGUUUAUUAGAAAAUGUUGACAGUUUCAUGAUAAAUGUUACUCCAGAUUUGUACAAUGAAUAUUUUACUCGAUUUAUAAGCGACAUUAGUCGUGGAUAUAUAUCUACCGUCUUUGCAAAUAAGCAAAUGUGUUCAGCUAAGUUUCGAAUGGAAAUGAUGCCACACUUUGAAAAACAUUUAAAGGCGAAAGAUAUUGUUGAUGCAAAAGACAAAUCGACUGUUAUUCAUAAAGUGUCAUCAUCGGGUUACACUGACUUAUUAGCAUAUUUUGUGAAAAAUGACAUGCCAAGCAUUGAUAAACAAGACUUAGACGGGAAAACAGCUCUUCAUUUGGCUGUAUUGCAUAGACAUCAGCACAUUGCUGAAAUUCUUUUACAACAAAAAGCGGACGUGCAUCUCCGAGACAGUGACAGUCGUAGUGCGAUUCAUAUAGCUUGUAACAAUGGUGACCUACACAUGACAGAUAUGUUAAUAAAACACAAAGCACACAAAAAUAAGAAAGAUAAACAUGGAUUCACCCCACUACAUCUGGCAUCCAUAAGAGGUCAUACUGAAGUGGUAGAACUUCUUGCACAGGAGAAGGCCAAAAUGAAUGAAGUUGAUGACAUUGGAAGAACACCAUUGUAUGUGGCUUGCGAAAUGAAUAAUUUGGACACAGUUAAAUUCCUCGUACAACACAUUACACUGAAAGAUAUUCAUAUUGAAGAAAACAAAAACGGUUUUACACCACUUCAUAUUGCAUGUCAACACGAAAAUACAGAUUUAGUAGAUACAUUGUUGAAAUACGGUGCAAACGUAAAUAGGCCUUCAAAAAAUAAUGACACACCAAUGAAAAUAGCAAAACGGCAUGGAAAUAAAAUUAUAAUCAAACUUUUGCGGAAAUUUGAAGAGAUAAACACGUGACAAAAGUGAUAGAAGUGUAUUUAUUUGAUUAUUAAGUAAUGGAAUAAGAUCUCAAAGCAAUAACUUGCAAUUUUGAAUUCACUUGCUUUGUCUUAAAGUUAGGUAAAACAUACGUCUUUAUACACUAUAUAUUUAUAUAUCUGGGAACAAAUUCUGUGAACAAUAUUUAGACAGAAUAUACAAAAGGAACAAACAAAAAUAAGAAUAUUUACUUAAUAUAUUUGUAAAAGAAAUAAUUAAUUCUCUUCCAAACUCGUCCAAAUAAUUUGAUAAAACAAAUAUACAAAAAUAACGAAUUCCAAGGAAAUCUCAAAAAGGGAAGUCUUAAAAAAUGUCAAAAUCAAACGUUAUCAACAAAUGGAACAAGUGAAAAACAACUGUCACUUUCUUGACUUAGUACAGGCAUUUUCCGGAGAAAAUUCUUCGAUAAACUUGGUUUCAUAGCUACCUAUUCCUCCCACUUUUUAUAGUUCCGUUUAAUUGACAAAAUUGGGUGAGUAACCCAAACAUACAUAAUAUGUUAAUGUGACAAUAAUUUUGAACCAGCAGAAAAUAGAGCUGGUAAAGUAAUUUAAUUGGCUUUUCAUGAAUGAAGUAUUGAAUAUAAUUCCGUGUUGGUGCGUGUACUGUAUCGUUAAUUAUUAUGUGUUUUCCUUUUACGAGAUAUGCAGCAUAUGGUCUAGAUGGCAACGAGGAAGGUAUAUACGCACGUGAAACAGGAUUAACCCCAACAACAUUCUGUGACUGUAUCAAACAUAUGUAUUAUGUGUUUUUAUUGUUGUUUGUUUUUGGUCACUUCAUUUACUUCAUUAAUUUGUUUUUCAGAGGAGUCUAGUGUUGGUUGUUGGUGUUAUAUUUUGGGUAUUGUCUGUAAUUUUGUUUAUGUAUUUUACACAAAAAUUUAACUCUAUGAGCAAAUAUACCGUUUUCAUGGUAUGGUACUAAUUUUGAAUUUGGAAUUGACAUUAGGAAACCCGAAGUCAGAUCGUUUGUAGGGAAUUUAUUAUAGGUAUUUGAGUUAUUUAUUUAGCAGUUGAUGUAUUGCCAAUUUUAAUUUAAAAAAAUGCCACUGACUUAAGCAGGAAAUACAACAAAAACUAGUUGUUAAUUAUGGUGUUUAUUUCUCACGAGGUCUAUGAAGGUGCAAAUUGAUGUGAACUAUUUUGCAUCAAUAGAAUAUUAUUCAAAAGAAGUGCGGUUUGCGUCUUCGGGAAUUAAAUAUUGCUGAUCAUCAAAAUUAUAUUAUAACCAGUAGACAAACCCAAGAUCCAGAUCGCGUUUUCCGAAAUGAAAUAUUCCUUAUCAUCUAAAUUUAAUAACAUACGAAUCGCAACUAGUAGACAACCCAUCUGUAUACUGUUUAAUUGAAUUAAUCAAAAUCACCAUAUGAUAUGGUUCCAGUUAUUUUUAUUGCAGAAAAACAAACAAUACAUUUAAGAGUGUAAUGAAAAAUGAAAUAAAAGACCAGUCAUGUGGUCCUAUACAAAUGAAAAAUAAAUUUUACUGUUUGUUUUUGGUUUCUGUUUUUAUCUUAUUU